UUUGCAGAUCUUCCUUUGCUCUUCGCUUCCAGCAGCGUCUCUUCUCUUCACCGAGACAAACUCCCACCAAACUACAGCGCAGACAUGAACGCAGCAGCAGCAGCAGCAGCUGAGGGCGCCAAGGCCGCUCCGCCCAAGUUCAAGCAGAAGGAGGCCAGGACGUUCAAGAGCAAGGCUCCCAAAGCCGGACAGAAGGGGUUCGACAACGACGUCCCAGGGAUGGAGGGUCUUGGAGACUCUGCGGUCGUCUGCCCCUGGGAGGCGUUCGGUGACAUGGAGCUGAGCGACCUGGCUCAGUUUGGCAUCGUCUAGACAUCGUGCCAACCGGACACAGUUUAUUCCUGGAGGCUGCGAUUCAGCAGCUUCUGUUUUUGUUGCUCUCCUCGUGAGUUGGGGGCUUGGAAACGAGCCUGAGUGACUGAUGACGGGAGAGGGAUCAGAGCGACCUAAGAAGCUCUUGGACAGCAGCCCCCAAGAAUGACUCCUGUUCUGUCCUGGGCCAGUCCACCUCUGCACCUGGAAGUGUUAGCAUCUCUCUGAGCUCUGUUUUAUCUCUGAUUACAGCAGGAAGCCUCGGUUGUUGCCUCGUCGUCCUGUGUAGCCCGGCGCCUGUAAAAGUGUAAAACACUGUACCGCUGCCUGGGUUUCAGUAAAGGAUGAUCGGCACACAACUGGGAUUAUAGAUUAUUGUGACUUAUCUGUCUGUCUAUCUAUCUAUCUAUCUAUCUAUCUAUCUAUCUAUCUAUCUAUCUAUCUAUCUAUCUAUCUAUCUA